GAGAAGAAGGUCGACGACAAGGAGGAGAAGAUUCAAGCACUUACAACUAGCGAUAUCCAGAUCCUUAAAACCUAUGGCCAAGGUGCAUACGCUGCCAAGCUGAAGAAGACGGAACACGACAUUAAGGAAGUGCAGAAGCGGAUAGAUGAGAAGCUUGGCGUGAAGGAGUCUGACACUGGCCUCGCUCCACCAAAUCUCUGGGAUCUUCCAGUUGAUAAACAACGCAUGGGCGCUCAUCCAUUACAAGUUGCACGGUGUACCAAAAUCAUCCCUGUCGACCCCAAGAAAGCCGAGGCUGCUCGUGCCGUUAACCCUGUUGGUGCGGCUCAAGGCCAGAAGGGAGCCGAUGAGCAAGACAAAUAUGUCAUUAACAUCAAACAGAUAGCUAAAUUUGUUGUUGGUCUUGGUGAUCGAGUCGCACCGACAGAUAUCGAGGAGGGUAUGCGUGUGGGUGUGGACCGGAAUAAAUACCAGAUUCAGAUCCCACUGCCGCCCAAGAUCGAUGCUUCAGUAACGAUGAUGCAGGUUGAGGAGAAGCCCGACGUAACAUACUCGGAUGUUGGUGGAUGCAAAGAACAAAUCGAGAAGCUGCGUGAAGUCGUCGAGACACCGCUACUAUCACCCGAACGCUUCGUUAAGCUUGGUAUUGAUCCCCCGAAGGGCGUCCUCCUCUUUGGGCCGCCAGGAACCGGCAAAACCCUCUGCGCACGUGCAGUCGCCAACCGUACAGAUGCCACCUUCAUCCGCGUCAUUGGUUCCGAGCUUGUGCAGAAGUAUGUCGGCGAGGGUGCGCGAAUGGUGCGCGAGUUGUUUGAGAUGGCACGUUCAAAGAAGGCUUGCAUUAUUUUCUUUGAUGAAGUCGACGCUAUCGGUGGUGCACGAUUUGAUGACGGUGCUGGAGGUGACAAUGAGGUGCAGCGCACAAUGUUGGAACUGAUUAACCAGCUGGAUGGAUUUGACCCUCGAGGGAAUAUCAAGGUGCUCAUGGCUACGAAUCGACCAGAUACUCUCGACCCUGCACUGUUGCGCCCCGGUCGGCUUGACCGGCGGGUGGAGUUCUCGCUGCCUGACAACGAAGGCAGGGCUCAUAUCCUCAAGAUUCAUGCUCGAAGUAUGAGCGUUGAGCGCGAUAUCCGAUUCGACCUCAUUGCUCGACUAUGUCCUAAUACGACAGGCGCGGAACUUCGGUCAGUUGCAACUGAGGCUGGCAUGUUUGCAAUUCGUGCGCGGCGGAAGGUCGCUACAGAGCGUGACUUCCUUGACGCUGUGGAGAAGGUCGUGCGGCAAGGGACGAAGUUCUCGUCAACGCGCUCUGUGUCCCAUAUAAAGGACCUUGCUACUUAUUUAACGCUACAGUUCUUAUUAAGGGGAUCCGGGGCAAGGGGGAGACUAGCUCCGUCCGUACUUCCAAUGAUCAUCAACCUUCAAGUGCGCGCCCUCGCCGCGCGCACCAUUCAACGGCGGCGAUACCAUGUUCGUCGUGCACCGUCCCCGCCUUCUGCUGAAGCUGCUCGACUUCUCGACUCUUUCGCAACACAUCCACCACUUCCUUUGACGCUCUCGACCCUCGUGUCCUUCGGGAACCCUUUAACACCUGUAUCUGUGCUGCGCUCAGUAUCGUACGUGCUCUCGGAGAUACCAAGACGCAUGGCCCAGCGCAUCCGCGCCCUCGAGGCGUUGCCAUUCAUCGUCGGCACUAAUCCAUAUGUUGCCCGAGCCCUCAAUGCUCAUAGAGACAGCUUUAAUGUACUCGCCACUUAUCCCGAAGUGCGCACACUCGAGGACAACAAAAAAUUUGUCGAUGAACUAGAUAUGCUCGUGCAGGGACAUAGAAACGAUAUACCUACGAUGGCCAAGGGAUUCCAAGAGUGCUCGCGGUACAUGUCUCCAACUCAAAUAUCCAACUUCCUCGAUGGUGCUAUCCGAUCCCGCAUCUCUGUGCGCCUCAUCGCUGAACAACAUAUUGCGCUCUCGCACGCACUUGCUACUGAAGACCCCGGCGCAGUGGAGGCCAGCGUUCUCAUGCACAAUGGUAUCAUCGAUCCCGAUUGCUCCCCCGCGGCUAUGGUCCGCAUGUGUGGCGCAUUCGUCAGCGAACUAUCCGAGGCAGCCCUCGGUGCAAGCCCCAUCAUUACGAUCGACGGCUGUCCAGACGCUACGUUUGCCUAUGUCCCUGUGCACCUUGAAUAUAUACUCACCGAAAUGCUCAAGAACGCGUUCCGCGCGACUGUAGAGCACCAUCACAAACUACAUGGCCUCACUUCAUCCUGUCCCCUACCACCCGUAAAAAUAACCAUCUCACCCCCUACUCCACCGCAUCCAUUUCUCUCAAUUCGAAUUCGCGACCAGGGUGGUGGCGUCUCACCGUCCAACAUGGCACGUAUAUUCUCGUACGCUUUCACUACAGCGGGGCACGCCGACGACCAGAAUGGAGGUGGUGGGCCGUAUGCCGCCCAGCAUAUUGGUGGGAGUGCAGCAAUAGGGAGUGGCAGCGCAGGGGAAGGUGGAAACCUUUUUGGCGAAAUUACAGAAAAGGGUAUCCAGGUGGGCCUUGGAACAAUUGCAGGAUUAGGAUACGGACUCCCUCUGAGUCGAUUAUAUGCAAAAUAUUUUGGUGGUUCAUUGGAUAUAUUUUCGCUCGAUGGGUGGGGCAGCGACGUCUUCAUUAAACUUAGGUGCCUACUAGAUGAAGCAGGCAACGCGGAGAUAUAG